UUUAGUAAUUUUUUUUUUAAUUCUUUCAUAUAUAAAAAUCAUUAUGAUUAGAUUUUUUAUUUAAUAGUUCGUCAAUAUUACUUUAUGUCAAUUUGAAACUUUCAUCUCUAAUAUAUAAAACCUUUUACCUGAUGGAUAGCAAUUCUCAUUGUAAGCUUUCAGCCAUUACCACUGAUAUCGCCUUUACAUUUUUCGAAUGAUCCCUCACGAGAGGUUAUAAUUUUUAGCCUAAAACUAAGACUGCCAAAUGAUAGGAUUAUAAUUUCGCUGUUAUUUACUAUUGAUACAACAUGGAUGUUCAAAGACAUUCUGUGCAUACACUUGUAUUUCGAUCAUUAAAAAGAACACAUGAUAUGUUUCUAUUGAAUCAAGGUACUUUACCACCGGUAGAUCAAAACCUUCAAAAUAUGAAAAAAUCUGUAAAGGCCAAAGAUUGUUAUGGUCCUGUGAUGGAACGUGUUAAACACAAUAUGAUGACAAAAGUACAAAAUGAAAAUGACAAUCCAGAUCCACCGCCGCCAGGGGACGAAUCCUUUGGUAGAAAUGCUCCUUCUGCAGUUAUAACAUAUCAUCCUACACCAAGUAACAUUGUAGCAACUACAACAUCUACGUUAGGAAACAAUACUGCUAAUACUACAGUUGCUAUACCUAUUAAGAAAGCUCCUUCUAUGGCAAAGCCAAAAUGGCAUGCACCAUGGAAAUUGUACAGAGUAAUAAGUGGUCAUCUUGGUUGGGUACGGUGCUGUGCCAUUGAACCUGGAAAUGAAUGGUUUGCUACUGGAUCUGCAGAUAGAGUAAUCAAAAUAUGGGAUCUUGCAACAGGUAAAUUAAGAGUAUCCUUAACUGGUCACAUAAACAGUGUUCGUGGCCUGGCAGUCUCACAAAGGCAUCCAUAUUUAUUCUCUUGUGGUGAAGAUCGUCAAGUUAAAUGUUGGGACUUGGAAUACAAUAAGGUUAUAAGACAUUAUCAUGGUCAUUUAUCAGCUGUGUAUUCUAUGGCUUUGCAUCCUAGCAUAGAUGUAUUAGUGACAGCAGGUAGAGAUUCCACUGGCAGAGUAUGGGAUAUGCGUACUAAAGCUAAUGUUCAUACCUUGGUUGGUCAUACUAACACUGUUGCCAGUGUAAUUUGCCAAACAGCAGAACCUCAAGUAAUCACAGGGAGUCAUGAUUGUACAAUACGUUUAUGGGAUUUAGCAGCAGGCAAAUCGAGAGCUACUUUGACAAAUCACAAAAAGAGUGUGAGAGCAGUUACAUUCCAUCCAUCAUUAUAUAUGUUCGCAUCUGCAUCGCCUGAUAAUAUUAAACAAUGGAAAUGUCCAGAAGGAAAAUUUAUCCAAAAUUUGUCAGGACACAAUGCCAUAGUUAAUUGUUUAGCUGUUAAUGAAGAUGGAGUAUUAGUUUCUGGAGCAGACAAUGGUACUAUGCAUCUUUGGGAUUGGAGAACAGGAUACAAUUUUCAACGAUUACAAGCUCCAGUUCAACCUGGCUCAAUGGAUAGUGAAGCUGGUAUAUUUAGUAUCACAUUUGACAUAUCUGGUACUCGUAUGAUUACUACAGAGGCAGAUAAAACAAUAAAAGUUUACAAAGAAGAUAAUACUGCUGUAUGUACUUUUUGCAAAUAUAUUAAAUGCAGUGCAAUUACAAAGACGAAAAAGCUUCAUAUUUAUAUAAAUUGUUUAUAUUAUUUUUAGACUGAAGAAUCUCAUCCUGUCAACUGGAGACCUGAUAUAAUAAAACGAAGGAAAUAUUAAACAAUAAUUAUAAUAAUUUAAGAGGAGUAACUUUACAAUUACUUUUAAUUUAACAUUUGUAUUUAAUUAGGAAAAAUACAAGACAAUUACCUAUUUUA